AUGGCGGGCACAACGUCCAUCGAAGAUAUUCUCUCGUCUGUGGUCGACGAAACAGCAGUAAGCGCACUGAUUGGAUCACUAGAGUCAAAAUUGGCCGCUGGAAAUACUGUACCAACUUCCAGUUCACUCGAUACUGCCUCCGUUGGUUCGAAUCAUGUGAGUAAACCCGGUGUUACUUCGGGAGACGGGACCGGGAAUUCGACGCACCCGAACGCCUCGCAAAUCAACGCGGGCCAAGAUGGGCCGAGCGCGGUCGCCACGGUCCCUGUCGUGGUCACGGCCGCGUCGCAACAGCCCUCCUCCGGCAACAGUAAAGCCCUCGAUAACCUUGCCCCCACUGCUUCAGGAACUACUGCUGCUGUCCAGAACAGUAACGAAUCAAAACCAAGUACGGGGGUGGCAGUUCGGGACGGCAAUUGUGCUGCGAUUGCCCUCAACAGUGCGAGCACGCCGAGCAGCCCCGGCGGUGGCAAACUAACUACUUCGUCGGUUCCCACUCCAACAACGUGUGUUCGAGUCAUCACAUUACCGGCCACUAUGGGUGGAACUGUCUUUACUACAACUCCAGCGGGCAUUGCAGGUAGAAAUUCAUCCAACAAUAACGCUGUUAAAAGUGCUGUGCUGGAGUCAAAUGCAAGAACUGUUGUGAAAACUGUGGGAAUUAAUGUGCAACAGCAGGGAAAAACUGCAGACGUAACACAAACUGGUCUGGCUUUGACAACAGUAACAAGUAGUGUCUUAAGUUCAGGCUCAUCACCAAGUACAGGAAUCAGUGGACAGAAGCAGGUCAAUACAGCGCAAGCAUCAGCACAAAAUACUGUAGCUGGGCAUGCUGGGAGUCUCUCGAUUAGGGAACAUUUGACAAGCACAGCAAAGCAACCAAUUAAAACAGCCAUCGUAGCACCGACACCUCACCAAACGGUCUCAAAUGUGAACACAAGCACCACGCAGCCCCAGAUAGUUCUACGGCCUGCGCCUACGUUACAAGUCCAAUCUCCUAACAUUAUUAAGUCCAAUGCUUCCAGCAGUUCGGUUGUCACAAUUGCAGCCACGACCGUAUCCCAAGUGAAGUUGCCAAUUGGUGUAACUUCCGGAAUGCAUAAUGUUAUCACUGCGAGCCCUCAGGUACAACAAGUGAGAUUGGCAUCCCCACAAGUUAUUGCUCCCAGGACCCCAGGAGGAACAGCUGUACAGUUUCGUCUACCCCAGGGUACAUCAUUACCUCCCGGCGUUAUGUUGAUAAACAAAGAUGGUAACAUUCAUGCUGUAGUGAACAGUUCAAUUGGACCUGGGGGACAAAUACAACAUUUACCAAGUGGGACAGUUCCUGGGGCUGUUACGUAUAGACAGGUGCAGCCUGGCUCCACUACAUUACAAAGACCUAGUCCCCAGCCCACCACUGUCGUCCAGUCUAGCAUACGACCCAACAUGGGCCAACUCAUGAACACAACCAAUGCAACCAUCAGUCAGCUGAAGGGAGCCACGCCCAUUGUGGUGGGUGGCGCCCCAGGAUCCCCCUCCGUUAGUAUGAGCAGCCAAGGGGUGCAAGGGACCAUGUCCAAAAUGGUAGGCGUUUCAACAAGUGGGUCUGUCCCCAUACAGCGAGCGGCUGGUGGUACCCCAAUCGUUGGACAACCUGUCGUAGGGGGUGCUCAGCCCCAGCCUAUACCCAUGUCCCAGUCAGCCAUGGAGAACGUCAAAAAGUGUCGGAACUUUCUGACGACUCUGAUCAAGCUGGCAUCCAAUGGCAACCAACCGGCAGAAACUGUCAAGAACGUCAAAGAACUGGUGCAAAAUCUGAUCGACGGUAAGACAGAGCCAGAAGAGUUCACCUCCAAGCUUCAGAAGGAAUUGAAGUCCUCCCCUCAGCCCUACCUUAUACCCUUCCUGAAGAAAAGUUUGCCCCUGCUUCGCCAGACCCUCCAAAAAGGCGGGUCUUUGCAAAUCCAAGGCCUGAGCGCGCCCACCAUGACUGCAGCCCAGACCAUGAACACCUCCAGCCCUGCUGCUACUGGCACCCUGUCAAGCAUCGUGGCCUCUCAGCCGACCCUGUUAUCUACCCUGGCCACUGGGUCGGGUAAGACAACGACGCUAAACCUGACGCCGCAGCAGCUACAGCAGCUGCAGCAGCACCAGGCUGCCAAGAACAAGCAGCAGAACAUGAAGAUGCCCCAGCUGCCCACAUUUGCACAGAAAUCCAAGGCACAGACGGUAGCAACUACUUCAUCCAGUAAGUCCUCCAGUUCAAGCCACUCCAGUUCAUCCCGAUCCAGCCAGUCCAAAAGUCACUCCAGUAAAUCCUCCAGUAAAAGUAGCUCCUCGUCUAGUUCCAGUAAAAAAGACAAAGUUAAAGAUCAUUCGUCCUCGGGAUUCAAGGACGACGAUGACAUCAAUGAUGUCACCUCCAUGGCUGGAGUCAAUCUCUCGGAAGAGAGCGCUCGUAUCCUAGCAACCAAUGCUGACUUCAUUGGUACCCAACUCCGCUCCAUCAAGGAGGAAAAGUUCCUCUUCUCAGGCCCACUUCAGUCCAGAGUCAAUGAAAUCUGUGUCAAACAUGGCAUCCAAGAGGCAUCGACUGACAUGAUGGAGUUGGUCUCUCACGCAGCUCAAGAAAGACUCAAGGGGCUCGUGGAAAAACUUGGAGUCAUAGCCAGGCAUAGGAUGGAGGUCUAUCGGAACGAUUCCAGAUACGAAGUGACAAGCGAUGUACGGUCCCAGCUGAAGUUCUUUGAGCAGCUAGAUUCGCUGGAAAGAAAGCGGAGAGAUGAACAGGAGCGAGAACUUCUAUUACGAGCGGCAAAGAGUCGCUCAAAACAGGAGGAUCCGGAGCAGGCCCGACUCAAGCAGAAAGCCAAGGAGAUGCAACAGAUGGAGCUGGAACAGAUCCGACAACAGGAGGCUAACAUGACGGCACUGGCCGCCAUCGGGCCAAGGAAGAAACGGAAAUUAGACUCGCCCACACCGGGCUCAUCGUCAGGGUCUGGUUCCUCGUCUCUUGGUGCAGGAGGUUCCUCAGGGAGUCCAUCUGUCAGAUCACAGAUCCGACGUAUUAAGAGAGUCAACUUCCGAGACCUCAUCUUUCUUAUGGAGCAAGAACAAGAGAUGAAGAAAUCACAGUUUUUCUUCAAAAUGUUCUUCAAGUAAAAACCAUUGGAUGUCAGGUAUCAUAAAUAAUAUAUCAAGAUGUGUUAUUAAAGUAAUAUUUCAAAAAGUUAAUUGUGAACGAGACCCAAUAGUAUCUUGGACAACAAAUUCUCUUUAAUUUGCACGAAUAGAUUCACCAAAAAAAAUAACAACUUUUAUAAAGAGGCAAUAUUUGUCCCAUUCUUUGAAAAACAAAUGUAAAUUAUUAUUUUUGAUGAUCCUAUUUAUCAUUGUCGGGUAAGUAGUUUUCUGCAAAAGUGCCAAAUGUUUGGUAGGGUAUUAUAUCCCACGACUGAUUUUUAGGUGACUAGUCGUUGUGAAAUGCUUCCUCCCUUGAUAUUUUCAUGGACAUCUUUCAUAGUGACCCAAAAAAUGUUCACGAUCGAUAUCGUCAAGAUGCAUGUAAAUAAAUCCUUCCUCCACACCUCAGAACUUUAAUUUUAAAAAAUGCACAUUACAUGACCAUUCUGCAAAAUCUUAAUCUGUUGAUGCACACAUUUUGGUUAUGGACCUUGCACGGUUUUAGAGGAUGAAAAUAGGCUAAAAUUGGGCAUUAUUUAUUUUGAUUAAUUUGGUAGAUGUACAUUCUUCCUUUCAUUUUUCAAGAACUUUCAAUGUCUUUUUCAAAGACAUUGAUUUUUUUGCUGCUCUCUGUGUUUAUUAUGGUGUAUUUGACAUUUUCAAAAUUAUUUCUCAAAAUUUUACUAACCGGAUGUAAUAAAACAGAAAAACACAAUAUCAGAGAGGGGACCACA